GUCUUGCUGUUCUAGAAGAUUUCUCUUCGCGUCGCCGGCGCUGACACCGCCGCCGCCACCGCCAUCUCCGGCGAAAACCCUACCUGCACCCGUCCAGCGAGCGCCAGGAGGUAGGCUCUAGCCGGGCGGAGGAUGGUGUUCGGGCAGGUGGUGAUCGGGCCGCCGGGCUCCGGCAAGACGACCUACUGCAACGGGAUGUCCCAGUUCCUCUCCCUCGUCGGCAGGAAAGUUGCGGUUAUCAAUCUCGAUCCUGCGAAUGAUGUGUUGCCAUAUGAAUGCGCCAUAAACAUUGAGGACCUCAUAAAACUGAGUGAUGUCAUGUCUGAGCAUUCGCUUGGUCCAAAUGGAGGCCUUGUGUAUUGCAUGGAUUACUUGGAGAAGAAUAUCGACUGGCUUGAGGAAAAGUUGAAACCUCUUAUUGAAGAUCACUAUCUGUUAUUUGAUUUCCCGGGUCAAGUGGAACUUUUCUUUCUACACUCAAAUGCGAGGAGUAUUAUUUACAAACUUAUCAAAAAGCUAAACUUGCGGCUGACUGCCGUGCACCUUAUUGAUGCUCAUUUGUGCUGUGAUCCUGGGAAGUAUGUGAGUGCAUUGCUUCUUUCACUGUCAACAAUGCUACACAUGGAGCUGCCACACAUCAAUGUUUUGUCAAAGAUUGACCUCAUUGAGAACUAUGGAAACUUAGCAUUCAACCUCAACUUCUACACUGAUGUCGAGGAUCUGUCUUAUUUGCAACGCCAUCUAGAUCAAGAUCCUCGUUCUGCCAAGUACAGGAAACUUACUAAGGAGCUGUGCGAUGUGAUUGACGAUUUUGGCUUGGUCAAUUUUACAACUUUGGACAUCCAGGACAAGGAAAGCGUCGGCAAUCUUGUGAAAUUGAUUGACAAAAGCAAUGGCUAUAUAUUUUCAUCUAUAGACAGCAGUGUCGUUGAGUUCAGUAAAAUUGCAGCAGCGCCACUUGACUGGGAUUACUACAGAACAGCAGAGGUGCAGGAGAAGUACAUGAAAGACGACGAAUUCGUGCAGAAGACAAGCAAGACGCGAUGAAACUGAAUUUGUUUGUAAUGCUUGACAUGUGACCUUGCUAUGCUUGAAUGAGAGCUCCAUUUGCCCCCAUGCCGCUCAGGUAGGGAUGUAACAUGUUGUGACAUGCAAACUGGAACUGAGAAAUGUACUCUCUCCAUUUUAAAAUGUUUGACACCAUUGACUUUUUAGCACA